UGCUGAUGCUCCUGGUUCCCUGAAGGAGCGGACGAGUGCUCUACGAACCUGUUCCCCGAGGCGGCAACGUUCAAACUCCGAGCCUUCUUCUCCCAUCCACGAGGGGUGGUGUUCGUUCUGCGUGUUCGUCAGCCCGAGCAACAACCGGCGUCGAAACGACCUGCCUGUGAACACGAUGCGGGAGAGCUGAGACCCGUGCUGCCGCUGAUGCUGCUUCUCCUGUCACCUUACGAGAAGCGUGAGGACAGUGCGCGCAUGUCCUAAGUGUCUUGUGUUCCGAGGAGUAUUGAAGGGACACAGUGAUAGCCAUGAGGUUGUGCACGAAGCCCGGAACUUUGCUCCUCCUGGUGGUGGCAUGCUUCACGGUGUUCAACGUGGCGCCGCCGUUCUUCGUCCGGGCGUCCCGCGUCGAACUGAAAGAGAACGGCUACACCGGCAUCGUGGUUGCUCUGUCGGCCAGGCUUCAGGGGAACGUCGCCGGCCGCCAGCUCAUCCCACCGCUUGAGGCGCUUCUGCGGAAUGCAUCCAUCAGCCUGUUCCAGUCAACGCGGAAUCGGGCUUACUUGGAAGAAGUCAUCGUCCUGGUACCCAAGUCCUGGGGUCCCAAGGAGACGUGGGCACGAGCACCGACGCCCACGGUUACCCGUGCCGGCUGGCAGCUGCACCGGGACGCCGACCUGCGGCUGGAGCCCCAGGGAGGGCCCUUCGGCGACAACCCGUUCACUGUUCAGCAUGCCGGCUGCGGACAGGCUGCCAAAAGGCUCGCCAUCAGCGCGGGAUUCCUGGCGCUUCUUGAAGAAGGAGGCCCCGCAGCCAGCAAGUACGGUCCGCCAGACCGGGUGUUCGUGCGUGAGUGGGCGCACUAUCGGUACGGCGUGUUCACCGAGACCGGCUACCCGGGUGACCCCCUGUACCCCGCCUACCGGGCGAGAUCGGGAGGCAACGACCCGGCUGACGUCGCCCUCACCAGCUGCACCAACCAACCCCUUGAGCUGGACUGGAGGACGACGUCGGGUCAGAGCUGCGUCCCGCGCGUGGAUCCAAUGACGGGACGACCUCGAGAUGACGACUGUCAUGCGCUGCCCAACCGGACCCAGGAGAACGUCUUCUCAUCCAUCAUGGCACUGCAGACUUUACCAAAUGUGAACCAGUUCUGCGAUGAGGACGAACACCUGCACAACGACCGAGUGCCGACCAAGCAGAACGCGCUGUGCGAAUACCGCAGCACCUGGGACGUCAUCGCCAACCACAGGGACUUCUACCGCAGGAACCAAGCCGGAGAGCGUCUGCUGGGCAGGACGCGGUUCCACUACGUCCAGGAGGCACCACUCAGAGUGGUCAUGGUCGUGCAGGUCACCGCCUCCAGCGGGAUCAGGGACCGACGGGCCUUCGUGAUCCGCGCGCUGGACAAGUUCGCGCGUGUGGACGCUCCCGACGACAGCCGGCUUGGACUGGUGGCGUUCGGCCAAGUGGAGCCGUCCGUGCGGUUCCCGCUCACCAUCAUGAACAACUCGAACACCCGCGCCAAGCUGGUGCAGAGGCUACCGGCUCCGAACUCGAAGUUCAACUCGUCGCUCGAGGACGGACUCUCCAGGGCGCUGCAGAUGCUGAGCGAAGACCGCGAACUGCCUUAUCCGAGCUCCAAUGGCUCCGCCGCUGCCGCCGGCGGUGUGAUCUUGUUGCUAAGCAACGGGGACAUGGAGGCCGACGUGGCGGAACGCUUUCAGGAGUCGCUGAGGUCGUCCCAGGUUCGACUGCAGAGCCUGGUGUACCCCAGCUCGGCGACUCCGGGCGCGCACCUGGACUCAUUGGUGGAGCACACCGGGGGGCGCACCUGGCACGUCCACGAGUCCACCGUGGGAGACGAGCAGCGAGGCAGUGUGGCCACUCAGGCCGAACUCUACGAGGCCUUCUACUCGCUCCUACUGCGAGGAUACUCCUGGGACGAGACCGACAACUACGUCAUGAUCGAGAAGCGCGAGUUCGGCGAGGCCGAGCAAGCGGCCGGUCCGCUGCUGCUCAACUUCGACAUCGACCACAGCCUGGCUCGCCAGCUGCUCGUCGUGGUCGUCGGCUACGACUUCGGCAAGACCUCGCUGCCUUCCAUCCCCCAGGAAGGGCUGGAGCUCAUCGCGCCGCCCGGCUCGCCGCAGGCCAGCUUCCGCUACAACGACUACGCGUUCAACUUUGACUACGAGUUCUGGAGCUACACCUUCCGCAUCAACGAUCCGCCCGUCGGCAUGUGGGAGCUCCGGGCCGAGCCGACCACGAAGACGGACCAGCCGGUCAUCGGUCUGGUGUACGCCAGGCCGGCUGCCAAGGAAACGCCCAUCUUGCUCGACGUCUGGAUAAGCGGGCAUUCGUCGGCGGUAAACGGUUCCGACAGAUUCAUAAUCUACGCCGAGCUGAAGAAGGGGUCUCACCCUGUGGCCAAAGCUAUGGUGACUGCCCUCAUCCGACACCCCGACACGGACAGCAUCACCAGGCUGCAUCUAAUUGACAACGGAGCUGGAGAUCCGGACAUCACGCAGAAUGAUGGCGUUUACAGCCGCUACUUCACCGACUUCACGAGCACCGGCCGCUACGACCUGACCGUGGUGGCCAACGACAACGACGUUUCGGCUGUCGUCGUCGGUGCCUCCAGCGCCGAGUUCGAAAGCAGGUUUCCCGAAGGCGCAGAGUAUCCUUCGUGCUGCGGCAGCCGCGUGCCGGACAGCUACUCGCAGAAGACGAGCCGAUUCACGCGCAUCAACCACUACGGCUCGUUCUUCGUGACGGUGCCCAAGCCGGAGCGGGACGUGCUGCCACCCAGCCGAAUCACCGACCUCCGCGUGGUGUCCACCGACAACCGCAGGAUGGCCGUGACGUUCAACUGGACAGCGCCGGGCGAUGACUUCGACGAAGGACAAGCGAGUCGCUACGAGCUGAAGAGCUUCAAGGACAGGCUGAACGCUCAGCGCCGCUUCGCGGGUCACGGCCAGCUCGUUGGUCAGUGGGACGUCGACGGACCUUACUACGAGCCUCCAAAGCCAUUCGGUGCCACCCAGACGGCCACCGUGCGUCUCAAGAAUGGACAGCAGCCGAUGUCCUCGGCCCCCCUCUACUUCGCCAUCCGGGCCAUUGACGACCAGGGGAACGCCGGUCAAGUCUCGAACGUCGUCGAAGUGAUCAUCAUCCCGCCUCCGACCACGACGUCGACGUCGACGCAGCCUUCGUCCUCCUGGGGCAGCGGCUCGGGCACGGCAGGAGGCGCAGGCGCCCACGGACAACCCAGCGGUUCUCGCAGCACCCGGGACAAACUGAAUGCUGCCCAGUUGGCCCUGAUCAUCGCCGUUCCCCUAGCCGUGCUGCUAGUCGGAAUCAUCGUCAUCAUUCUGCUAAUGGCGCGACGCCGCAAAGCGCCACCACCCAAGAAGUCCACCGACAACGGUACCACGUCCCAGCCUCCGCCGCUUCCGGCAAAGAUCGCGCGGGACGACCUCACAACGACCGUUCCGACUCCGCAGACAACGACGCCCAUCAUGGACGACGACGUGAAGCAGCAGACGACGCCCACGACUGGUCGCCUGGACGCGGCGGCCAUCAGCCCCGUGAACUCGUGGCCCGCCAGCGUACUCCUGGACCACUACAACAAGGUCCAGCAGGCCAAGCAGAGGCACGAGCCGCCGCCAAUCAUGAUGGUCGAGGACGGCGUUUCGCUCAACUCGUCCACGCCGUCGCUGUACUCGAAGAGCGACUACGGUGGCGUGCCGCAACCGGCGAGAUUGGCCAAGCAUCGUCCGGGACAAGACGGGGUCGUUCCUGCGCUGCCGCCGCAAGUGCCCAGCUACAACGCGGUCUACACUUCGUCGCAGCACUCUCUCGACAAGACCGGAGGCGUGACGCGCAACAUCACGCAGGUCUAGCGCGCCCCAAAGCGUCCGCUCGCGCACUCGUACCCUUUUACUUCGUCGCGUCAAAUUGUGGCCGCCGAGAAUCCCGAAAUCGAGCUAUUAAGAUGCGCUUAACGCCGAAAAAAAAGACACAAGAAGGGCGUGACAGAAGAAGCAGACUCAUCUUGGUGACAGUGCAACGGAGUCUUCGUCGAAGCAAUGCUAUACCCGAGCGGUUUGUGAUUUCGCCCGUGUGAAUGAUGAAUCUCCAAGUCACGAACGAGAAACGACGUUUGAACGCUUUGUGGUGUACCGUCUCGUGCACGUUUCGCAGGGCUUGCACGUAGCUCUCACCUCGUGCAGCUAUAGCUACUGCGUGCAUACAGCGAGCGCCAAUUGUGACUGGAACGCGAGCGAACCGUCACGCGCUCUCGCCACCGUGAAAAACGUUCUGCGCUCUCAAGUACGC